AUGAAACUGAUCGCUGCUUUGGCUUGUUUGGCCGUCGUCGCCUACGGCAAUGAAUGCGGAGACAAACUGGCCGAGAAGUUGAUUGCCAUCAAUGGGGAUUUUUUGAGCGCAGCGACUCUGAAAGACGUAGGUUGAGAAAAAGUCAUCAAAAUUUUGCCUGUUUGUAUCUUUAUUUCCAGUUGAUGCAACAAACAUUUGACCAGUACUACAAUCAAAAUAAGACCUUGAAAGAGAUUGCCGAUUACUACUACAAAAACUACAACAACCUGGACAGCUUGAGCUCGGACCAAAUUGAUCAGGUAGGGGUUAUUAAAACAACCAAAUUGAUGUUCGCCCUAUUCAUCCGUUCCAUUAUUAACACCUUUGCAGAUCACCAAUGUCAUCAACAAUAUCACCCAAUGCGUUGGAGGCCCCGACGCGUUUACCAAGCUUCACAAUCAAGUUCAAGAGACCGCUUUGGAUUUUGUCAAAGCUGAUCAAGCCCAGGUAAAAUUUGACAUUCAUCGUCUAUCUUUAGUCAAUUCAUUUAUAUCAUGUUAGAGUUUGUAGGUUGACAGCCUGAUCAAGCAGCAACGCGCAUCCAACGCUCCGGUAGAAGAUGUGGAAACCGCCGUUUGCCAGAAGACCUUUGAGUUGGUUACUUUGCAAAAGAAGAUUGAACUUGAGAACAAACUGUGGCCUUUGGUACCCGAAAAUUGCUUGGCUACGACUAAGGCAGCCGUCUCCACGGUAUUUAAGGUGCAUGCUGCAUAA